UAAGUAGGUGCGUGUGUGUGUGUGUGUGUGCAGGGAAGUCACAACACCGUGACGGACUCUGAAUAUAUGUGACAGUGAAUAAUUGUUAGCCUUUACCCAGAAUGGUAGGGAGGUGGAGAUGAUUCCAAGAUCCUUGAAUCCCUGAUUACACCAUAGAGAGCAAAUAUUGUCCAGGAGAAUGAAAUACGCCUGGAGUAGAAGGACAUCACCCUGUCUAGAAGUCCUAAAUAUAUAAUGGCACUCCUGACGUUCACCCUCCAGGGUUGGUGUGACCAAGUGGAUUUAUAACGGUGGCUGAAAUUCUUUUGACCCUGGCACCUAACGUUGGGUGGUAGUGUUGCCUCGUUGUAUUUUGGUCCAUUGGGCCACCUUCAUGCUCAGCUUGCCAAAACUGGGCCAACAAUUUGAUUACAGGGCCGGCAGACUUUCAGCAAAAUUCACUUUCCAAGUGUUGGGCCAAAAUCAGCCAGACACGGUCCAGAUAGCAAAGUAAUGCUGACCCAGUGUUGGCACAGCACUGUAUAAGGAGAGCAAACAUAGCUAUUCAAAAUAAUACUUUUGGCCAAAGUUAGUUUGCUACAUCGGUCGCUAGUGGGUGCCCAGAUAUCAGACUGAUGUUGGCCCAAUAUCUGUUUUGAGUGACUCUAUAUAGGCCCUCCCCGUACAGCACUGUCCCAGCAUAGGGCCAAGGUGGAUUUAAAGGUGUCUGAAAGUGGUGGCCAUUAUAAUUAGUGGCCUAAUGGACAAAACCGACCCCAUGGUGGCCAUCAACUUUGCGUGAUGUUGGCACAAGGGACAGAAUUAUGAUGGGCCACCACAUGGUCCAGUGUCUGUUCAGGACCUGGGAGGGAAGGUGAUAUUGUAAAAUUUAGAGGAUAGAAAGAAAAAUGGAUGAAAUGGACACAUUUGUAAAUUCUCAUCACUCAUCAGCAUUGAUCAGAAAUCAUUUAGAGCUUGAGAACGAUGCUACUAAUCAGAAAUCACUGCCAGGGUUUAACCUACUGUUUCCAUUCUAGUGCUAAUAAUUACUAGGCGUUUCACCUGAGUGGCGCUGUAUCUGCGCAGAAUGAAGUACAUAUACAAAUAGGAAAAGCAGAAAUUAACUACGUUAAGCGUAUAAAUAUGUCGUUCAGAACAGAUACGGAUACGUGUCCGAUGUUUGACGUGAAACAGACCUAUGAAUAAAGUAACAUGCGAGUUGAAAUUUAGCGCAUUUUCGCAGAAAUUUUUACAGACUGCGUUUCUUGAACGCAUCCUUGACGUCCACGCAGGCGUCUGUACAGAUUGGAGCUGGUUAUCAGUUUUGGCGCUAGCACACAGGGUAGAUUAGCAAGCUUUAUUGUUCGGUUUUGGUGCUACUGGUAUAACCAGAAUUUAACACAUAUACCAGAAAUCACAUCCCAGAAUCUCAAGCCGAGGUUUUAAAGCUGAAGGACGGUGCUGUUCGAUUAAAAGCCACGAAGGCAGUUGAUUGACAGUUGGAGGGAACACCCUCAUUCUGUAUUCGCUUACACUCAGGACAUGAUCCAGCUUGAGUGAGCAGCUCAUGGCUGUUCCAAAAGGCCGAUUCUGCCUCCUCAGUGUUUGAAGAGUCGCUGGUUGCUGUAAAAGUAGCCGGAUUGUCUGCUUUAUCUACACGGUAAAGAUCAAGAGGUGGAAUUUUAUUGGUCUGGUUUGGACCGUCUGAGGAAGUUCGGAAACGUAUCGCAUCGAAACGCAAUGCCACGCUCCAAAGAAAUUUCCGAAGACAUCCGCAGAAAAGUGGUUGAGGCUCAUGAGUCCGGAAAAGGCUACAAACUGAUUUCCAAAGCUAUAGGACUCCCCAAGACGACCAUCAGAGCCAUCCUGCGGAAAUGGAAAAGGUUCGGGACGGUCGUGACCCUACCCAGGAGCGGCCGGCCUUCCAAAAUCUCUCCGAGAGCAAGGCGGGAAAUAAUCCGUGAGGUCAUGAAGAACCCCUGCACGACUUCGAAGGACCUUCAGGCCACGCUCGCCUCGUCGAACAUCUGCGUCCACCAGUCCACCAUUAGGAGGAUACUGGGAAUACAUGGAAGACCGACUCUGAGCUCGUUUGAAGGUAGCAUGGCGUUGCAAACGUCCAGUCAGGAGGAGGAAGGCAUGCUCGAUGCUUCAGGUGGGUCGAGCCGGGAUAUAAAGAACGACGAGGAGCGGCAGGUGUUAAAAAACUCGAACACUAAUUCCGAUAACGGUAGCAAAGAUAACGCUAAAUGCCCUGAUAAUAACAAGGAAGGUGCUGGACAUGACAAGAGUCACGGUGACGGGGAGAAAACGUCGACAAACGUUAACAGAGAUGACGAGAAUGAGAACCGUGAUGACGAAACGCCAUCAGCGGUUGUUAAUGGUGCCGGUGGUGGGGACGUGGAGACAAACUCGACCAACCAUAAUGGAGACAGAGGUGGUGAGAGUGAGAAGUGUGACGAUGGAGGCCAUGGCGCUGAGACAGCAUCGACAAGCCCUAACAGCGGUGGUGGAGCUGACGAGAAUAAGAAGCGUGAUGUUGAGACGGCAGUUGUCGAUAUCGGUCGAAGCGGUGACGCCGAUGACGUGAAUCGACGCGACGCCGGUUACGCCGCCGGCCGUGACGUCAGCAGUGCCUACAGUAAUAAUAACAAUAAUGGUGGAAAUUGGAGUGAGGAAAUGGAUUACAUUAGUACGUUAACGUUUUCUUGAACAAGCACCUAGGCUAGCUGGCAGGCCUAAUUCGAAGUGCAUGUAACCUUCAUGGUGAGGACGAUCACCAAAAAUUAGAAAUGCCCAAGAGACGGGAGGAAAGGGGUCACCUGUAGUAGGGUCCAAAAUCAAAAAUAUAUAUGUUGUAGAAAAUUUUACUCAGUUGAUACUCAUUAUUAUUAUUAUUAUUAUUAUUAUUAUUAUUAUUAUUCAUUGUGUAAAACUGAGUCAGAUCCAUUUUUAGUCCGUUUUUCAUUUUCAUUCCUUUGAAUCUAGAACACUUUUUUUUUUGUACUAGCGAAUAAUGGAGUCUUGUUUCAGAAAUAUUAUUAAAACUUUUUUACAUAAAGUAAAGAAACACAAGUUGCUGGAAGCAGACUCAGAUUUUUGGACCCUAUUGUAUUCCAUCCUGGCAUUUCAGACAAUCCUGAGACAAAAGUAAAUAUUUAAUGUGA